CCAACCACCCCCUACUUCACCAGCUCCUCUUAGACCAGUGUACUAUCUUGCAUGUCUUUUGGAAAUGGGGGUGAAGUGGAAUAUCUGGGGCAAACCUACACUGUCACAGUAUGAAUGUUCAGUCAACACAGAGGUUAGAAUUGAAUCUGAGCCACUAGAGGCUUUGAAAGCAACAGCUCUGGGAAUUGGGAGUUUGUAUUCCAUUGACACCUUGUUCUAUUUCUACAACAGCUGAGAGACCAGUUGGAUUUGGUGGAGCAGCAACAUUAUUCUGAGUUGAAAGGAAUGAAGUUGGAGAUUUCACAGCUGACCACAGAACUGCACCAGCGUGAUGUAGCUAUUGCAGAAAUGAGUGUAGCCACCUCCAACGUGGAUCGCCAGCUUCAGAGUGAACUUGAGAAAGCUGACAGAAAAGCUACAGAAAUCAAGCUCACACAGAUGCAAUUCAAGACCUUGAAAUUAGAAAAUCAACGCUUGGCAGGAAUCUUAAAAGGAGAUGAGCAGAAUUGUUCACUCAUGGACCUUCGGGAUGGCUACUUUUCAUCUCUGAGGCAAUUGGAACAGGAAAAUCAACAGCUCCAGAAAGAACUAGCUGACGUUAGAAACAAACUGGAAGUGUCAGUCAAAGUGUCUCAGGAGAGAUAUGAAAUGCUUCUGCUGCAGAUACAGAAAAAGCUGAUAGACAUCAGAGAGACUGAAGACAGGUAUGUUGAAUUUUACUUCUUCACACAUCCAUCACUGUUCAUCAAUAAUCAUUUCCCCAUGGAGGAAAAGUGGCAGCUGAUUACUCCAAGGAUUUCCCUCAAGAUAUUUGAAGAUAUGGUGUUCAGGACUGGUGACUUUUUUGAAAUGGGUCUGAUGUACAUCCACCCAGAUGUCCAGCUGAUAUCCACAGUAAAUGGAAGAGUGAUUAUCAACAUAGAAGGGCACUCCCCAACCUUGUUUAUGUACAGCCUGGAUGAGAGGAAGGACUGUGCAAUCCUAACCCUGACCAGGUACGGCAUGAAGCUGGAAGUCCUGCCCCAGAGGAGAGGAGACCACAAGUUAAAGAUCUAUGCUAAGCCAUGGGACUCCGAAUCAGAGACUUACACCUUUAUUUGUGCCUAUUUAAUUAAGUGUGAGUCGGUGGAUGAAAACUUCAAGCUGCCGAAGGCAUUCCAUAACCCAAUGGGUCCUAGCUGGCUCACAGAGAUGAAAGGGCUGCUCCAACCCUCACACCCAGAGCCCCUCAUUUACUGUAACGAUGGCCAGUGCAUGGUGCGCUUUUUGGUGAAUAAGGAACUGAGCUUCACCAGCAGACUCUCCUGUGAUGAGAUUAACCUGUCAGAUGAAGUCAUGAGGAGCCAUGUAUUCAAAAUGCAUUUGGGCAACUGGGUGGAGUUCAAAAUCCAGCUCCUUCAGUCUGGCCCCUAUGUGUUUGCAAUUUUUGCCAAGGACAAGGCCAGCCAUAGCCCCACACAUGCCCAUGUCUGUGAAUAUUUAAUCUCCUGUGCCAACCGCAAUGUCCACUGGCCAGGCUUUCCCAAGAUCUUCAGCUCCUGGACAGAUGGGUGUGAACUAGUAGAGCCUCUUUCUGGCAUCCUGGCCCCAAAUCAGAUGGUCAAGUUCAAGCUGAAGAUCCCCCACAUUAGGAAAGUUCAGGUGUAUGGAAAAGGAGCGUGUCCACUCAACAUGAGCAAGGAUGGCUACUGGGAGGGCAUCUGCAACACCCAAGACGUCAAGCACCUCAACGUGGGCGUUUCAGACAAAAUGUUUGACAACAAGUUUACAUUUGCCCUUCAGUAUGAAGUGGGAGACAUAUAA